GUCGACCUCACGUGGAGUCGCGAGCCCUAGUUUGGGAAACUCGGUCAUAAACUGACGCGUUCUAGAACAGAAGACCAUAACUCGGCGCGUGGCUUGCAUGGAGAUGUCUGCUUUAUACCUCGCUCUGCUUCUGUUUUCGGAGCAUGUUAUCCACGGGAUAACCAGAUCUUACGAAGGGACUGAGUUAGCGACAACACCGACAGUCACCUCCCCGUUACCGGAGCGAUGGCGGCGGCGGGACAAGCGGGGCUUGUUGGAGUUGGCGGGCGUCGUUAAAUGCAGCACUGGGAGGUCGGCGGUGGCUUACAUCAUGUAUGGAUGUUACUGCGGGCUGGGAGGCCAGGGAUGGCCCCGAGACAAGGCUGACUGGUGCUGUCACAAGCAUGACUGUUGCUAUGGGAAGGCUGAGAAUCUGGGUUGUCAGACCAAGACGGACAAGUACCAGUGGACCUGUGAGAACAAGAUGUCCAACUGCGAGUCUCUGAAGAACAGGUGUGACAAGAUUCUGUGCAGGUGUGACCGGGAGGCGGCCAGGUGUCUGAGGAGAGCACCCUUCAUCCCUAAAUACUCGGUCUGGCCUGACUUCAUGUGUGGAUACGAACAGCCCACCUGUACCCGUCACUGAUGCUGUUACACAGUGUGUGUGAGAGAGACUAGUGUUUUCUCUGGUUUGUCCUGGCUAGUGGUGUGUGUGUAAUAAAGACCUACAGUACUUUACCCUCUGUCCGUCUGAUGGGCACGGCCCAUGGGUCUGAUUAACAGUGUGAGAGAGAGAGACUAGUGUUUUCUCUGGUUUGUCCUGGCUAGUGGUGUGUGUGUAAUAAAGACCUACAGUACUUUACCCUCUGUCCGUCUGACGGGCACGGCCCAUGGGUCUGAUUAACAGUGUGAGAGAGAGAGACUAGUGUUUUCUCUGGUUUGUCCUGGCUAGUGGUGUGUGUGUGUAA